AAUGAAUCAAUAAUUCUUUGGAAAUUCAAGAUUAGCCAUAUAAAGAGCUUAAUAAUUACACUUAUUCUUCACUUAAUCAGUGAUUUAUGAUCAAUUCAAAUAUACAGCUAAAAUGCCCUAAUAUCCAAAAAUUGUAUUUUUGUAAUCAAACUAAUUUAUCAGAAAUCUUGUUGAAAAGUAAUAUUAUAUAUGAAAUAUAGAUAAUUCCUUUAAUAUUCAAUAAUUGAUGCUUAAAAAACAAAUGGAGGAGUAAUAUUGUUAUUUAUCAAUAGGAUGGUGUAGCUAGAUUAGCAGAAUAAGUAUAAUUAUAAUCUACAUAAACUAAUGGUGCUUUAUUAUUUGGAUUCCCAAAUACAGCAGUUGAAGCAGAAAAGUACUUAAAAAAAGAUUAAAAUAUUAUAGUCUUGAUAGAUUAUUGGAUGGAAUCAAUUUAGCUGUUAGAUUCAAGUUAUCAGACUCAUUAGCUUAGAAAAUAGCAGGAUCUUUUCUAUCAUGUUAAUCAUGUGGUAAGAUCUUCAAUACUAGUUUACCAUUUAUAACACCUACACAUCCAGGAUAUUAAAAUAAUGUAAUAAAUUAACCAUAUAUUUAUAGUGUUAAUAACCUAGUAAAUGUGCUUUAGAAUCAAGUUCAGCUCCAACUGAUUAAGUAAAUGCUGAAGUUGUUAAUUACUAUCAAAAGAAUGUAUAGAUUAGUUUAAUAAUUUAUUAGGGUGUUUAUCUUGAAUAUGAAAUAAAUGAAGAACAUUUGUUAUAUGAUUCAUAAGAAUUCUUUGAAAAGUUAGAUAAUGCAGUAGCAACACAUAUCAAAGUGUGA